AUUAUAGAUAAGAUUUCGAAGAGAAUGGUAUAAGCAAACACGGUUAUCAAUUAGUUCUAUUUGAUAUCGUUAAGAAAGUACACGACUAGGUGCAAUGCAAAUGUGUCUACAGUUAUAAAAAUGGGAAACUCUAAGUCGAAGAAGUCACAGAAAGAACCGGACAAAUUUUUUGAGCGUGCCCGAUGGAAGGAACACAAAAGUGAAGAAAAAAAGAAGCGAUUGGCAAAUCCUAUAAAUAAAAGAGUUGCCGCGAAAGAGCCACCGUUGAACCCUGCGCCCGAGCUUAAUGGUCCUUCGCUAGGGAGUUCCCCGCUCUCUGCCCCUGCGCAAGUUCGUUCAUACGACGAGGAUGCUUUGGAUCGAAUGCGAUAUCAAUUGAAUCACGACUCCGAUGCGUUUUUGUUGAAUAACAUCCUUUUGUCUGUGCAGUUCUUCGAAAAUUAUGAACGGGAAGUUCAGUUCCUGAAAAAUAAUCCUAUAAGUGAACGACAACACUUAAUGGACGCAGCGAUGGUCAGAUGUCACAAACACGUAUUUUUUGCUGAUAGAUUGCUUGAAUGUGUGCAAGAAUACGUCUGCUACCAGAAAAGAAGAGACCUUUUACAACCACUAGCGGCACCAAGGUUGUUUAUCAUAUACGAUAAUGUAGAGGCCAGUGAACCCGGAGACACUUCUGAUUAUAGUGCUGUUCUAGAUGCGCCAUUUUAUAAACUACGUAUCGAAGACACUAAAGAGGCGGGCUUUGUCAAACUAAAAAAGUUAGAGGUACUAGAGAGUACCCUAUCUAAAGAAGCAGAUCUCAUAAAAACAAGUCACUCACACUCAGACGACAGCAUAUACACUGAAUCAGAAAAAGAAUCAAUUGCCUCUGAUGUUUCGCCUUAUUUUGGUAAUGACCUCGAACCUCCACUUAGAUCGGAAAGUUUAGAUAGAAGUGCUUCUCCUUCCGGGGAUCUUUCAAGAUAUGUGAAAAAUAAUGCUCGAAAAAGUGUUAGUAUUUAUCAGACUCAGGAAAGUGAGAACAAUAACAAAAUUAAAAAUUUUGAUGCGCAGACCAAGCCAAGAAAAUCCAUAUUAAAGAAUCCAUCUCUUGAAAAUCCCAGCAAUAUUGAAAUUAGUUAUAGCAUGGAAAACAUUAAUAUGGGUGAAGAUACUGAAACGUCUGGUUACCGAUCAAACUCAAGUCGUCAAACAGAAUCAAGUGAAACAGAAUCAGAUUAUGGGUAUACUUCUAUUACAGAAUCAACGACACCAAAGAAAAUUCAACUUAGUUUACAAUCUAAAGAUUCACCAACCUCUGGAGGUUUACCAGAUGAAUGUUGGAUUACUGUCAGUGAAAAGGCUUUUGACUGGAGUGAUGACGAAGAAGACGAAGAAGCGGAUACAGCAUCAAAAUUAUCUUUAACAAAAACUCUUUACGAGACAUAUCAAUAUCUUAACUCAAUAACGUUUAUGAAUGAUUUUGUGGACAAUUUUAUUGUUGGUAUCGGGUCUGGCUUGGGAUUUCCUCAAGACGCAAUAAAAGAUGCUUUAACACAAGGAGCCAGUAUAUACUGUGAUAACAAUAGAAACGGAUCAAAUAUUAGUUAUGAAGUAUUCCCAGCACUUUUAGCAGCUUGGCCAAAUACAGCAAAUCAGUGGAUUAUUCGAGAAAGAAAGAUAAUUCAGAAUCCUCGAACCAACUUCUGUUAUCAAUGGCCAACUAAAUACAUGGUCGGUAAGGCUAUUGGUUUCGGAUGCUUGCUGGUACCAGUGGGUUUUCGCCCUAAGCGAGGCUUAAACCCCAAUCAAAAAUUACAAUGGAAAGUAACAUUUCCAGCAGCAGAACGAUAUUUAGAAAGCUGUUUGGCUCAUUCGCAUAUGAGGUGUUACCUAUUUACGCUUGCCUUACAUAAAGCCUUUAUAGAGAACGAUACGUCUAAAAUUGGUAUCGAUGCAAGUCAUAUAAAAAAUCAUUUAUUUUGGCAAUGUGAAGACAAUUACGCAAAGUGGCCAGAGGACAGACUAGGAGAAACACUCCGUCUAUUCUUGCGAAGUUUUUAUUUACAUUUCGGACGUUCUCGAUUUCCUAACUACUUCAUAGAGACGUGUAAUGAAUUCAAAAGCGUACCGAAACCUUUACUAUUGAAAGCCCAACGGAAAUUAGCUGAUAUUUUGGAGGCACCAGUGAUGCAUACACUAUAUGCAUUAAAUAAAGUAAAAUACAUGAAAAAAGAUUUCUAUCCAACGUUUAACAGUCGCAGACUAUAUGACAUCUUAACGUGCAAAAAUCCAUUGCGCCUGAUAAAUCCCUAUUUACCAGUUCACUCUGUACCAAUGAACCAAGAUUCUUCCGAUAGUGAAGACGAAAAUGUAAAUAGUAUUUGGGAUAAAGCUAAGCUCCAAGACAAACACUAUCAAUGGAAAAAAGAACGACAGCGUCAAAUGAAAGAACGGAGAAAAGCAAAUUUCAACACGAGGAAGCCAAAGGAAAAGGGAAAAGAAACAGAGAUUAAUAAAAAUAUAAUUUUGCCGACAAAAAUGGAGUCGGAACGACGGCGGUUAGUAUUUGAAUUUUUCAUUUCUCACUUCAUUGCGAUGGCUCGAUCAAGUGAAAAAUUCGAGGCUAUCAGGCAAGCGGUGAUUUAUUUAGAGCAAGCUAAACGACUAACGAUUCUCCUGAAGGAGGAACCUGCCAGCGAAGCAUCGGUACACGAAUAUGAUCAUAUUAUACGUGAUAAAUUAGCUGAUUGUCAGCGAAAGCUAGCUAAUCACAUUGGCUACAAAGUUUCCGUUCGAGAGCAUCACCGAUCAGUAAAUACAAACAUGAUGCGGAAACAGCGACCAAAAGUUGAACAUAUAAUUAAUAACCAAGACUCUCCAACGGACAACUCGGCAACACCACCAUUCGCUUUCGUAGAUGUUCAUGUUGAAAAUGUCAAAAUUCGGGAUAAAGUGCCCUUCGUUGAAAUAGAUGACCUUGAGGAAUCUAGACUAUAAAGUUUUAUUGCACUAGGUAUAUAAUAUAACUCACUGUUAUAAUAUAUAAUGUUGUUCAGGUUUUCAAAACUUUGUCAUUUAAAAAAAAUCAUGUGAUAACUAUAAACCUAUAUACUUUAUUUUUAGGAAGAAAUACUAUUUGACUUUCUAUUUCUACUUAUAUUUUAUAAUUUAGGACUUAGGUAAAUGUUUUUGGGUAUUUCGAAGUGUUAA